CUUGAACUUGUACCCUUGAAUUCAUUCGUUAUUGCUGGUAUUUUCGUCAUCGUAACAACAAAACCUCCCCCUUUCUCAAUCCUCAAACCUCCGCCACAAAGAGCUACACCUUGUUACAAAAUAUCCCAUCUCCAUAUUGUAAGCCCGGUCGCUUUGCUGGCAUUUACAGCUACUUGUCACAAUGAUGGCACCGGUUGACCUCUACAACAAGCUCAAAACGACUUACUUUGGCCAUCAAGAAGACAAGCCCAUCAUAUCAACCACCACGGCAGCAUGUCUCUCGGUCGUCUUCACGUUGCUCUACGUUGUACCUUUCUAUCUAUUCCAGGCAACCCGACCAUCGCCCACACUAAAUCGAGAUGCACCAUCAGUCAUUCGAGCUCGCAUUAGAACAGUAACCUUGGCCUGCGUGGUGGCUUCUUCAGCAACCCUCUAUUUACUUGUUGUGACAGCCAAAUUGACAGCCCUCGAUGCAGCCCAUCUGCUAGGAUGGUGGCCGGUCCGGAUGGUUGACGUGUUCAAGUCCUGUGCGCUGACCCUUCUCCUCUUUCUUGGCCCCGUCUGGGAGAAGCUCUUCAUAGAGGGGCAUUGGGACGACUUACGCCGAGGACGCAAACUUGUCGAGUCUUUGAAGAGUUGGCAAGGCUAUCGUAACUACGUGGCCGGUCCCAUCACUGAAGAAGUCAUCUUCCGAUCGAUCCUCGUGCCAUUGCAUCUGCUGGCCAAAGUAUCGCCAACAAAGGUCGUGUUUUUGACGCCCCUUUAUUUUGGAAUAGCUCAUGUGCAUCACUUCUACGAAUUCACCUUGACGCAUCCUCACACUCCGUUACUGCCAGCACUCUUGAGAUCUGUCUUCCAAUUCGGAUAUACGACCCUUUUUGGCUGGUUUGCAGCGUUCAUCUAUCUGCGGACGAGCUCGCUAUACGCAUGUGUCAUCAUCCACGCCUUUUGCAACUGGGUUGGUCUUCCACGAUUUUGGGGCCGUGUGCAACGUAGGGAGGAAUACCCUCUUCCACCAGUCGCGACAAGGGGAAAGGAUGACACGGAUGCGAUCCAAGUACAUGGCUUUGCGGGACGAUUGGACGUGAAAUGGACGGUGAUAUACUACGCGCUGUUAUUGACUGGUGCAUACGGCUUCUAUGCUGGGCUCUGGCCCCUGACAAACUCCUCGAAGGCGUUGGCAGAUUUUAGUGGAAAGCUCAAGCAUAGAUAGGGGUCAUGCAAGGCUGAGCUCGGCUCAAAGGGUCAUUUAUGUCCGAGAAGUAGCGACGUAAUUCCGACCUCA